GUGUGUGUGUGUGUGUGUGUGUGUGUGUGUGUGCCGUCCUCUCAAAUUGAAGUAUAAAUAGCUGUUUUUGAAGAAUCCUCACUAAAGUCUGAACCGAAGAUGGAAGCACAUUGGAUUUUAGGGGUUCUGCUAUCUGUCUUCAGCCUCUCCCUUAGUCAAGCAUGUAGACAACAGCUUCUGGAGGAUGUAGAUUUCCCUGGAUCAGACAUCCAAUUUGUCUUCUCUCCCGAUGUCAAUCACUGUCAGCAACUUUGCACCCAGCACCCGGCCUGUCUCUUCUUUUCCUUUCUUCGUGCUGAGUGGACCCGGGACGACAGGAACUUCUACUGCUACCUCAAGACUACUUCUUCUGGAGAACCCGAUGUGCAGAAUCCGGUGGAGGGGAUCACCUCUGGAUAUUCUCUCAAACCCUGCAGCCCAGAUUCAAAGCCUUGUCUGCCUCAGCUGUACAAUGGCGUGGACUUCCCAGGUGCUGACUACAAAGCCUUGUUCACAGAAGAUGCUGAGGAGUGUCGGAGAGCCUGCACACAGGACCCUGCCUGUCAGUUUUUCACUUUUCUAAAUGAAGACUUCACACCAGACGUUUACAGGUACAAGUGCCACCUUAAAUUCAGCUGGCCAGUGGCAACACUUCCAGUUGUUGAAAGAACAGCUGGUUUAGUGUCUGGAUUCUCCAACAAAGUAGAAACAUUUCAAGAGGGUAAACCAGCAUGUCAGGGAAAGCUUUUUCCAAACACCAACAUCCCAGGAAAUGACAUUCUGGAUCUUCCUGCUGCCUCCCCUGGACACUGUCAGAACCUGUGCUCUGCUCACUCAGUCUGCACCGCCUUCUCUUUUGUCAGUGACAACUUCAAUUGUUACCUGAAGGUAAACGACGAUGCACUGAUUCUCACAGCAAAAGAUCGAAUCACAUCUGGACUACCGGCACGCUUCUGUCAGCCAGACAACAGCUGGGUCAACAAUGCUCUUGAAAGAGUCGAUUUCCGGGGUAGUGACAUUCGCUAUGAACUGAUGGACGAUGCGGUCUCUUGUCAGAGGACCUGUAAUGUGGAUCCUAACUGCCAGUUCUACACAUAUGUCAACAAAGACUUCCCUGACAGCAAUAUCAGGCGCCGCUGCCACCUCAAGCGGUCCAUCACCAUGCCCGCUCCUCCUAGAGUCACCAAACUGGCCAAUGUCGUAUCAGGCUUCCAAUUGAGGAACUGCGUGUAAAGUGCUCCAGAAAAUCCAAAAUAUAUUAUUGCUUUGUUUCUUUAAUCUGGCUGCUUGAUUCAACAUCAGUUGAAUGCAGUACAUGAUUAUUUUUGUGUCUAAACAAGAGUAAUAAAAUACAGACUAUUGGUU